GAUACAAGUUCCUUCAAAAAUUUGAGAUGAAAAAAAAAGUCUUUCCACUGAAGAAAAGUUAUUUGUAUUUUAAUUUUCAGUGUUUGAGCUGGCUUGGGAUAUGGAACCCCUACCAGGGAGGACUCAAGUACUGGCUUUAUCAAGCUUAUUGGGCGUACGUAGUUAGUGUGAUAAUGGCGAUGAGAAUGACGAACAUAUUAGUACGAGGAAUUAAUGCCGAGAAUUCCGUGCAAUUUCUUCAAGAAUUUUCGUUACUAGCGGUGGAAACAGCUGAUACCAUCAAGUACAUGGCAUUUUUAUUUCAUCGAGCUGACGUGGUGCAGUUGUCCGAGGCAUUCAACUGGGAGAGACACUUGCCAGGGAGUAAUCGAAUUUCACAAUACCGAAACACAGUGCUGACCAGCUCAUUAAAUUUCUCCAGAACAUUCACCAUUACCAUCAUGAUCACUAUCCUCCAGUAUUUCGGAUUUUCAUUCUACUCUGCGUUCAUUGUGGCUGACUACCAAGUGGAAAGACUGCCUAUAGGUGCUGCACCGAUGAAAUACUGCUUCGUAUUAACGAAUUUUUGGGUCGCUUUCAUCAGCGACUACCUGACAUUCACUCUAUUGGGCCUAAUCGCCGUUGCUCAUGAUGCGUUUAUCAUGUCUGUCAUGAUAAAUAUCGAGGCGCAAUUGAAGAUACUCAAUUUUCGGUUGGAACGAUGUCACAUGACGAGUCUCAAUGAUGAUGCCUCCGAAGAUGAUUCCGCUGUCAUUCAUUUCGAGUGCGUUGAACUAAGCCGCGAUAAUACAAUGAAUCCGAACACAGAAUUGAUGAAUUGCAUUAAAUUUCAUCAGCAAAUUGUAAGGAUAUUGCGAAUAUUCAAGAAAAUUUAUGACAACGCUCUCCUACCCCAGUUGUUCAUCAGUUUACUACUCAUCACUGCACUUCUAUUGCAGAUGAUCCUGAUAUUUUUGUUCAAGGGGAGGGAAAGUAAUAAUGCUGAUGCUGUAGUCGCAUUGGGAUUCUUGAUUCCAGUUAUACUACAGUUACUGGCAUUUUGUUGGGGUGGCAAUAUCAUCUUGGUUGAGAGUGACAAGUCAAGCGAUUCCCUCUACGUGUCUCAUUGGUAUGAGAGAGACAGAGAGUUUCGAAACAAUGUGAAAAUAUUUCUCGGCGCUGUCAGAAAUCCGUUGAUAGUCAGUGCUGGGGGAUUGUGUGAUUUGUCAGCAGUUACUUUCAAAAAUAUUCUGAGCAAAGCUUAUUCGGGAGUGGCAGUUCUACAAAAUAUGCAAAAUGAAUGAGGAUUUCCUGGUGUUCAGGACUUCCAAUAGUCUCCCGGAAUGAAUUACGCUUCAACAUUUGAAUAUGUUAGUCCAUGAAUAGCAGCAGAUGCGCGAGAUGUUGACCAAUGUAGGCUUCAAGAAAAUUUUUUACUUGCUAGCAAUAAAUAGGAAAUGAAGACAAUAUUUGGUGACUAAUCAUAGACAUAACUGCAGUGUAAUUUUCUGCAAUUUCAUCAUUAACCCA